GAGUAAUAUCAAAUUUCGAUUGCUGCCGUGUAAAACCUUUAGCCAGAGACGUUUUAAAACAUUUCGUAUUGAACUUGCACUUGGUCUUAUUCGUUCAAGCAAACCUGAGUUCAAAACACCAAUAACAUUGACAACAAUGGUUGCAGAAAUCUUCGUUUCCUUUGCUCUUGCUUAUUUGGCAUAUUACAUUAUUACCACAAUUGUGAUCAGAAGAAACAUGCCACCAGGACCUUUCCCCUAUCCUCUCAUUGGCAAUAUUCCUCAUUUGUCCUGUGAUCCAAUUAACCCCUACAGCAAACUGGCUGAUGAAUACGGUGAUAUAUUCUCACUGACAUUUCCAACUGGGGAGACAAUUGUUGUCUUGAAUUCCGCCAAACUUGCUCGAGAAGCCAGACUCGGCAAACAAGAAAACCUUUCAGGAAGAUCGCCUGGUUCACUAUAUCCUUUCCCAGAAAUUUUUGGAAACGAUAUAAUGACGGCGGAUUAUUCCCCUGAAAUGCGAUUUCGUAGAAGAGUUUUUAAAGCAGCGAUGCAUGUCUUUGGAGCUGGUAUAGAGGAAGUAUCAGAACGUGCUGGACACGCUGUCGAUAUUUCGAUCAAAGAAAUCGACAGCCAUGAAGGAAAACCCUUCUCACCCAGAAAGAUAUUAGAGUCUUCCAUAAUCAUCCAGAUUUGGGAUUGGCUCACGACAGAGAAGUUUCAAUCAAAUAAUCCAACGGUUAAGAAGCUUUCCUUAUUCAACGCGUUAUGCACCAAACAAGUCCUGCAUUCCAGUUUCUAUCAAAUGAUUCCGUUUAUAUCGCAUUUGCCUCUUCAAAUAACCCGCGAUUUGAAUACGGCAAAACAGAUAAGGAAUGCGGUAUUUUCAGUGGAAUACGAAUCCCACAAGAAAACCUACACCCCUGGAGUAAUUCGAGACCUAACCGACAGCUUCAUUAAUUGCUACGAAAAAGAAAUUGCAAAAGAAACUAAAAACAGCAUUGGGUCGGUUGAUGAUGUCGCUGGAUUAAUGGCAGAUGUUAUAUUUGCAGGUUCAGAUACCGCUUCCUCGUCACUCGCUUGGUUUUUACUUUACAUGGUGCUGUAUCCAGAAAUUCAGGCGAAGAUUCACGAGGAACUCGAUGUUGUUGUUGGCAAGAAACGCACACCAUGUUGGAAUGAUGCCCGGAAUAUGCCAUUCCUCCAAGCAACUUUAUGUGAAGUUCAAAGGGCAUCAGGUAUGAUAGGGGUCGUCGGGACUAACGCGAUCCGAGACAUGCAAAUUGCUGGAUAUCAUAUUCCCAAGGGAACAUUUGUUGCUCUCAACCUUGCCAAAUUACAUCACGACGAACGUGAAUGGCCAGAACCUGAGAAAUUUAAUCCCGGAAGAUUUCUUGAUUCCGAUGGAAAAUUCGUUGGCUGGAGCAAACUCAAUGGGUUUCUUCCAUUUUCCGUUGGAAGAAGAGACUGCCCUGGUCAAUCUCUGGCGAAGAUAAUGAUGUUUACCUUCUCGUCGAUGUUGCUGCAUCGGUACAAAAUAGAAUUGCCUGCAGAAGCCGAAACACCAACAACAGAGAUAACUGAAGCUGCAAUAAUUCGGCGUCCAAAAGACUAUAAAAUUAUAGCAAAGCAGAGAAAUUAAAUAUAGUAUAUAUACCGUACUUUAUAACUUUACGUUUUGUAAUAACCACGUGCAUACCAAGGAGUAAUUUCGUUUAUACCAUUCAGAAUUUUUAUAAAUAGGCAAAUCAUUUACCAAUGAUACAUGAAGUAUAAGAAAGAUUAAAACUGUGGUAUCAACGGGAACGCUAACCCCUAUAAUUAUAUAUAAUAGCUUAGUAUUUGAUUGCAGCUAAAAAUUGAAGCAAAAAAAAAAUGUUGACUUUGUUACUCUUUCAAUUCUUAUAAAAAUUAGUAGAUGAUUGUAUUUUACAUAGUUCUAGUCAUGCCUCAAUAAUUAUCCUCUAUA